CUCUCUCUCUCUCUCUCUCUCUCUCUGCAUAACACUGUGAUAGCACACAAAAUUCAGAAGGUGGCAGCAUAUUGGGCAUGCAGUUUAGUUGUGAUUCUUGUUCAAUUAGCUUCCUUUUGUGCUAUUAGCAUCUUGUGUUCAUCUGGGUGUUGGAAUCUUGUAUCAAAAACUCUCCUUUUCUUUGAGAUGAGAUUCUGGUUUUCCCAACUUUCCAAUGAGUGUAUUAUGUUUCAAAUAAUGGAAGUUCAAGCACCUGCAAGAGAAAUCAGUACUAAUACAAACCAAAAAUAUGACCUCAGAUCAGUACUUCAGGGAUGCUGCUCGCGAAAUCAGUACCUUGGAAGACAUACCCUCCUUGGAAAAGUGGAAAUCUUCCACCAAUGCUGGUGUAGAUUCCGAUCGAAAUGCCACCGAAGGAUUCGACUGCAACAUCUGCCUAGAAUGUGUGCAAGAACCGGUAGUUACCCUUUGCGGCCAUCUCUACUGCUGGCCCUGCAUUUACAAAUGGCUCCAUAUCCAAACCAUCUCUUCCAAAAACAUGGAGCAGCAGAAGCCACAAUGUCCUGUGUGCAAAUCAGAAGUUUCUCAAUCCUCCCUAGUUCCACUCUACGGCCGGAACCAAGUCGCAACGCCGUCCGGGAAAAAUGCUCGCCAAUCAGGCUCUUCAAUACCUAGAAGACCCCCUGGCCGGAGACCAUACAAUCCUGCAGCAUCUGUUUUACAGUCUACUUCUCAAACUAAUCAACCUCGACCAUUCGACUCGAUUCAAAGCAGUUACACUUCAACAUCUGGAAUUUUUGGUGAGAUGAUAUAUGCAAGGGUGUUUGGUAAUCAAUUGAGAAACAUGUAUACAUAUCCAAAUUCUUAUUGUCUUUCAGGGAGUAGUAACCCAAGGAUCAGAAGGCAAUUAAUGGAAGCUGAUGAAUCACUCAGUAGAAUAUGUUUUUUCCUCUUCUGCUGCUUGGUUAUGUGUCUUCUCUUGUUCUGAGUCAAGGCUGCUACUUCAUUUUUAAUAUAUUUUUUUGAAUGUACAAAUUUGUAGAGUAUCAUUUAGUCAGAUUCAGGCAUUCAGGCAUAUAUGUUGUGAACUUGAUAGAGACGUUGCAAAUUAAUGUUGAGUUAUAUAUGUAAUUUAAUUAUUACCAAUCUUGCAUUUAGCUUUGUGAAAUAGAUGUAUGUGUAAAUUUGAGUAAAUCCACAUAAUGGUUCAUGAGAUUAAGCGGAUUAUCCA